AUGACGCCACCGGCUGUCUCCAGGCCCAGCGACAACGGCGCGACGUCCAGUAGCAACAGGUCCUGCAGCUUCGAAGACGACUCGUUGCCACUCAGAAUCGCAGCCUGCACGGUGGCGCCGUACGCGACGGCUUCGUCCGGGUUGAUGGACUUGAACAGCUCCUUCCCGUUGAACAAAUCCUUCAGCAACUGCUGCACCUUCGAACGCUCUUCGAACCGCGCACGCGUGAUGGUCGAGUUGAAGUCCACGCCGUCAAACAGCGAGUCGAUCUCGAUGUACGCCUGCGCCGAAGUGGACAACGUCCGCUUGGCGCGCUCGCACGCCGUACGAAGACGACGCAGAGCUCGCUGGUUCGACGUCAUAUCCUUGCGGUGCUUACGCUUGAACUCGGUCACGAAGAACUCGACCAGACGGUUGUCGAAGUCUUCACCGCCCAAGUGCGUGUCACCCGCCGUCGCCUUGACCUCGAAGAUCCCGUCUUCAAUAGUUAGCAGUGAGACGUCGAACGUGCCGCUUUCGAGAUCGAAGAUCAGCACGUUGUGCUCGCCUCCUUUCUUGUCGAGCCCAUAG